AUGCCGAACUCGCGGCCCAGGCCCCGCAGAGGGACCGGGAGUGGUGCCCGGGCGGCAGGCCGGGACGUGUUGGUGUCGCGGUCCUUGCAGAGCGCGGAGCACUGCAUGGGCGCCCAGGACUUCGGCACUGCCUAUGCUCACUACCUCCUCGUGCUCAGCCUGGCUCCGGAGCUCAAAGACGACGUGAAGGAAACUUUUCAGUAUACACUCUUUAAAUGGGCUGAAGAGCUUUAUGCUCUCAGUCGAAUACAAGAUUUACUUGGUUGCUAUGAGCAGGCCUUGGAACUGUUUCCUGAUGAUGAAGUGAUUUGCAAUAGUAUGGGAGAACAUCUCUUCAGAAUGGGCUUUAGAGAUGAAGCAGCCGGGUAUUUUCAUAAAGCAGUGAAGCUCAACCCUGAUUUCAACGAUGCAAAGGAGAAUUUUUAUCGGGUUGCAAACUGGUUGGUGGAACGUUGGCACUUUAUCAUGCUUAAUGAUGUCAAGAGGAAUAUGAUUUAUAAUGCAGCAAUCCAAAAAGCAGUUCGUUCAGGAUACAAAAGUGUUUUGGACAUUGGAACAGGAACUGGAAUACUAAGCAUAUUUGCUAAAAAAGCUGGAGCACACUCAGUGUAUGCCUGUGAAUUAUCUAAGACCAUGUAUGAACUUGCCUGCGAUGUAGUAGCAGCAAACAAGAUGGAAGCAGGAAUCAAACUCUUACAUAUGAAAUCGUUUGACAUAGGAAUUCCAAAGCACAUUCCUGAAAGAGUGUCCCUAGUUGUAACAGAAACUGUCGAUGCAGGUUUAUUUGGAGAAGGAAUUGUGGAGAGUUUGAUUCAUGCAUGGGAAUAUUUACUUUUGCCACCAAAGAUAAAAGGUGAAGAUGCCAACUGUGAAAAGUAUGGGAAAGUUAUACCAGCAAGUGCUGUUAUAUUUGGAAUGGCAGUACAGUGUGAAGAGAUCAGAAGACAUCAUAGGGUGGGUAUUAAGAACAUUGCUGGUAUCCAUUUGCCAACAAAUGUGAAAUUUCAGAGUCCAACUUACUCUUCUGUAGAUUCUGAAGAAACUGUUGAACCUUAUACAACUGAAAAGAUGAGUCGAGUUCCUGGGGGAUAUUUGGCUUUGACAGAAUGUUUUGAAAUUAUGACAGUAGAUUUCAACAAUCAUCAGGAAUUAAAAAGUCUUGCAACUUCAACGCCUGUUAAGAUCAGUAUUCCUGCUACUCGAGAAGGCAUACUAGAUGCUAUUGUGGUGUGGUUUGUGCUGCAACUUGAUGAUGAACAUAGCUUAUCCACAAGUCCGACUGAGGAGACAUGUUGGGAACAGGCUGUCUACCCUGUACAGGACCUGACAGACUACUGGAUAAAGCCUGGAGUCCAUGUGAUGAUGGAAGUGUCGUGUCAAGACUGUUACUUAAAAAUCCAGAAUAUCAGUGUCUUGGGUUUGGAACAUGAAAUGGAUGUUGUGAAAAGUUUUAACAAGAAUAAAGAUUCACAAUCUUUAGGUAAUGAAGCUGAACUCUGUUGUGCCCUGGCUAACCUUCAGACCAGCAGACCAGAUUCUGUAGAGCAGAUGUGUGUAUUGGAGUCUACAGAAAUUGCUUUGCUUAAUAACAUCCCAUAUCAUGAAAGUUUUAAAAUGGCAAUGAGGAAAGUGUUGUCGUCACUGACUCCAGAGAAACUCUUGCAGGCCAUGGACACUCAUUGUCCGAGUGAGGAAAUGAACCCUGGGAGUGGACAGAACGAGAAUUCCCUACAGGAUGCCCCUGACCCUUACUAUGUGUUAGAUGUAUCUGAAGGCUUCUCUAUUCUGCCUGUAAUUGCUGGCACACUUGGGCAGGUGAAACCUUACAGCUCUGUGGAGAAAGACCAGCACCGCAUCACUCUAGGCCUUAUUUCCGAGGCCAAUCACUUUCCUAAGGAAACACUUGAGUUUUGGCUGAGACAUGUGGAAGAUGAAUCUGCUAUGUUGCAGAGGCCCAAAUCAGACAGGUUGUGGAGCAUAAUCAUCUUGGAUGUCAUUGAACCAUCUGGGCUCAUUCAGCAGGAAAUCAUGGAAAAAGCGGCAAUAUCCAGGUGUUUGCUACAAUCUGGAGGCAAGAUCUUUCCUCAGUAUGUCGUGAUGUUGGGGUUCCUUGUAGAAUCAGAGAUACUGGUAGAAGAGAGUGCUGUUCAAGGAACAGAACGUACUCUUGGAGUAAAUAUAGCACCUUUCAUUAACCAGUUUCAGGUACCUAUACAUGCAUUUUUGGACCUGUCUUCAUUGCCCUGUAUUCCUUUAAGCAAGCCUGUGGAACUUUUAAGACUAGAUUUGAUGACCCCAUAUUUGAAUACCUCCAGCAGAGAAGUAAAGGUACACAUUUGUAAAUCUGGACGAGUGACUGCCAUUCCAUUUUGGUAUCAUAUGUAUCUUGAUGAAGAGAUUAGGUUGGAUACAUCAAGUGAAGCUUCCCACUGGAAACAAGCUGCGGUGGUUUUAGACAAUCCCAUCCAGGUGGAGAUGGGAGAGGAACUUGUAUUAAAUGUUCAGCACCACAGAAGUAAUGUCAGCAUCACAGUAAAGCAAUGAACAGCAGUUCAGCAUAAAACUGUUUAGGUAUGCAGCAAGUGGAAACUCUCAGGUUUGAAUUAAUCAUAAAAUGAGGUAAUAAAAAAAUAACUCGUUAAUAGUUGAGGAUUAAAAAAACGUGACGUUAACACUUCAUUGUAAUAAAAAUAUU